AUGGCCGAAUCGGAGAACAAUUAUCAUCAAAUGUUUCGAGACUUUCAGCUGCUGCUGCAGCAGCAGCAAGAGCUGCAUCAGCGGCAGCUGCAGCAACAACAAGAGCAACAGUUGCAGCAACUGAGGGAGGAGCUCCUCCCUCAGCAACAAGAAUGGCAGCAACCGGGGGAGGGGCCCCUCCCUCAGGAACAAGCUAUGGAAGCGGAGGAAUCCAAGGAGGCGAAGCCACCGCGAAAUAUGUAUUACAGAUUAUUCUUUAUUAUACUAUGA